CUGGAGACGAUAGUGCGCGAGCAUGCGCAAAAUUUCGAUGAUAAAAAAGCGUCCGAAAUCUGCAUUGUGCUUGAUGAGCGGAAGUUGAGCGGCACAGAGGCAAAAGGGCGCAUCGACGAGCUGGGUAGCGGUGCCAGCGUGUUUAUCUGCGGCAGCUCGGUAUUCGAGGACAGCGAC